GAAGUCUCUUGUUGGUCACGAUAAGCGAUCCGAUUAUCUGCGCGCAGUCGGUACCAGAACCAGUCUUGCGUGGCGGUCAGAGGAGUUCGUUAGUACCAAGUGGCUACGAAGAAGUUGGCGAGUGAUAUUGUGACAUUAACUACCCAACAUCUAGUUGUCAAAACCCCCGGCAAGGUCCAAGGAUCUAAGACUAAGUUCCCAGUCAUUGGGUCAACUCAAACGUGGUCAGUCUCUCCGGGCCCAGGGUAUUUCAACGGAAGCAGCCGCACUUACGCGCUCGAUUAUCACGUCUUAUUACCCUAGGUAGUUAAUGCUUAUCUACGCCUUGGACAAUAUCAGUUAAACCAGGGGGGUCGUCCGUCUUAGCCAGCUGCUCGGUUUUUGCCACAUGAACUACACAAGGAAACGCGCACUUCUUGCCUGCGACUUCUGCAGGCAUCGUAAACGAAGAUGCGACGGGAAGAAGCCAUGCUCAACUUGCAGGGAUUCAAAUGCCGAUUGUGUAUACAAGGAGUUACCAUUUGAAAGAGUUGAAGACUCCAGUCCGACAGCGGUCAUCGAUCGACUUACCCGCAUAGAAUCUCUUCUCGAACACCAGAGCCAGCAAAUCAACCAGCUCAGCACACGGUCUAGCCCCAUUUCAUACUCCGCGAGCCAGGCCGACUAUUUCCCAACGUAUCAACAGUCUUCGGAGUAUUUACCUUCAACAUCCGCUGGAAUAGAUCCUCAACUCGAUUCGCCGCAGUUUCUAAUCCCGAAAAACCAUGCUACCCUACCAAGCACACUCCUUUCUUUACCUGGGGUACGUGAUAUCCUUGGGGAGUACCCGAGGGACUAUUUCUUUGAAAUCGAAGAGAAACUACCCUUACCAGGUCUUUUAGGAAGGUUAUAUGACAGCCCCUUAGUUUGGCCUUCUCUUGAUCUUAAAUGCCUAGAUACGUUAGCCGAAAACUACUUCCGGAAUGUCCACCCUCACCACCCACUCUUCACGCCAAACAUGUUUAAAGCAUGGCAGGCCCGACUUAUUGAAGAAAAAGAUAUGGAAGAGAUUGGAACUUCAAUAUGUUUUUGCGUCUAUGCUUUAGGUACCAUUUGCUCCGACGAAGAUGGGACCUACGAGAACGACGAAGCACUCGGUCUUCACUUCUUCCAACCAGCGCUACGAAUUAUGCUCCAUAAGCUAGUAUGGGAAUUUCGACCGAGUAUUUGCCUAUGCCAGGCGUUAUUACUUGCCGCAUCAUAUUUUGCUCAUAUGGGAAGACCGCUUCAUAGUUGGAAAAUGGCGCAAUUCUCAGCCCGGAUCUUCCUGAAUUUAGUCGAGAACCGAAAACAUAACUUAUCUAGUGCCGAGUUUGAAGAGGCCGAAUUAAGAACAUUUUGGCAGUGCUUUACGGUGGAAUGCGAUCGAAUUGCCGAACUCGACGUCCAUCGAAGCGGAAUCGAGCCUCUCGGAGAUCGAAUGCGGCUUCCGCAUAGCACGGAUCCUUCCGAUAAUGAGAAUACUAUUUGCUUCAUCGCCGAGCAUGCCAUCCGUCGACUCCUUAAUCGUAUACACAAUUCUUUAUAUGGUCCAGAAAUUAGUCAGAAAAGUCCGAACAUAGCUUUUCCAACAGGCCCAAAUCAGGCUUGGCAAAGCUUACACAUUCAGAAACUUUUAUCACUCAGUUCUGAGCUCAAUAGACAGUUAGAAGAAUGGUACUUUUCCAUACCAGAUUACCUGCGACCCUCGAAGGGAACUUUACCGCUACCGAAUGAUCGCUCCCGCGUUCUUAGGCUUCGGUAUUACGCAGCGAGACAUAUUAUCCACCGACCGUUUCUUCUCCAAAUGGUAUCUCGACAGCAUGAGGACCAAUCGCCAAUGAGCUCCUCGGUUAUGAGCCCUGACCCUUACACCGAGUCACCCGUCGUCUUAGAGAAGUGCGAGGCCUGCAUUGAUUCUUGUGUUACCUAUCUCUACAAUGCGAUAGAGAUGAUAGGGAAACGCUCGCCGUACCUAUGGACAUUUUCGCAAAGCUGUAUGGCAUGCCUUAUCAUGCUAUGGGUGGCUGAGAAUACCCCUGCGUUACAUCACAUCGUUCCUCAUAUGCAACCACUCCAGGCCAUGGUACUUACCAAGUUACGCAAAUGGGCGAUCAAGGAUUCCACUUUCGCGGCCGAGGUACAGAUUAUCGAACAAUUGAAUUUCACCGACCCGAUGGAAACUUGAAAAUGAUACCUUUCGGAGUUAGGUCGAGCUUUGAAACGCCGAAACAAUACCCGAACCCAUGCAUUAUCGUGAGAUCUAAGGCUGCCCCCUGAGAAUCACCAGCUUAAUCAGCAUGUUAAAUCCCGAAACCCAUAGAAUACGCCAUGGGAAAUAUUACACCCGGUACCUUACCGCCUGAGCAGGGCUCGGCGAUCGAGCUUGGAGGUAGAUGUUGAGUGGUAGCUAGUUACGACAGUAGAUAGACCAAUAAGUUUUGUUUUCCUCCUCUCAUUGGAUCUCCCAGAGAACUAAGCUGAAAUGCAGUUGCAAUUGCGGAUACGGUGAUAUCGACACGAAAUUUCCUUUAGGUACCUACGUAGUAUUAGGUACAUCUUGUCUUGCCCUUCUCAGCUACUGUACAUGUACCUAUGCAUAGAAGUCAGCGAGAAUAUUCCCUACCUUAGCCUUAACUUUACCUCAGAGUAUUAAGGUGCAUCCAUUUGAUGCAUAAGUAAUUGUCAGCAAUGUCUAAGAAAAAUCUUCACGCAGGUAUGUACCUAAUGAAAGGGUGACAUCAUCACCUCCCCCGCUCGUCCGAUACCAUAGCCCUGGGACCGAGCUAAAAAGCGCGCUUACAUAACUAAAUUUAUGUACCUAAAAUUAAAAUUCGACGGGCGGGAUUGAAUUCGUUUGGGUUGUUGAUGGCUCCAGGGC